AUGUCGGCAUUCUCACGUAUUCCAAGCAUGCAGCCUCAUCUCGCUCGUCACAGCUUUUAUGGCUGGCCUUCUCACGGAGUUGCAGCUCCUUCCAAUCCAGUCUCGGUGAAGCCCCCAUCAGGCGUACCUAAUGCUAUGCCCCUGCCGCUUUCAUCACUGAAGCAACGUCACUCGACCAUCGUUCCGGUCAAUUCUCUUGACACAGGCGUCAACGCCAAGACAAAGUCCGCGACAGUCCGUACAGCACGCGCACCAUCCAAUAACAUUCUAUUUGAGAUGGAAUACCAGCAAGAGAACUUUGAGUACAUGCACGAAAUGGAGAAGCAGACCAUGCCCAACAUUGAAUUGAUGAACGUCCAGCCCGAGCUACAUUGGUUCAUGCGUCCUUAUUUGGUCGAUUUCUUGAUCGAGAUUCAUCAGUCUUUCCGCCUUCGUCCUGAAACCCUUUAUUUGACUAUGAAUUUAGUGGAUCGAUAUGUAUCGAAGCGCAUUGUGUACAAGCGUCAUUAUCAGCUUGUCGGAUCCUUGGCGGCAGGUGCUAUGCUGUUGGCACGACAUAUUUGCCGUGAUCCUCGUCCGAACUCUCAGAGCCAAGGAUCAAUGGCCUCUGGUGCUGCUAGCCAGAUUCAUCAGCACAUGAUGGAAAAUUUGAACGACUUGUCAAUGAUUUUGAUUAAGAAGUACUCGUACUCUUAUUAUGGAGAGGCAUCGACAAUUGCCACGGACUGGUUCCGUAGGCGCAUCGAAAUCAAGAAGGCCAUGGCUAGCUCAAAGCCAUUAUACCGAAUGGAGGCUUGCUCAAGCGAUGAGGAUGGGGACUCGGUGCGCUCGCAUGACUCUGGGGCUUCUGUUUUCUCUACGCCCUCUCGAACAAUGAACCGCGAUGAUGACGAUGAUGACAGUAUGCCAGUGACACCUAUGUCUCUUCAUUCUGUCCAAGACACAUCACUGAACUACCAAGCUCAGCUUCGCCCUGUUGCCAGACAUCCUCGCUCAACCAGUAUGGAAGUGGAUGCCCCUAUGUCAGAGAAGGCGAUAUAA